CCAGCACGCUCCUCCUCAUUAUUUUCCUGUUUUCACUUGAAAACCAGGGCGCCAAAGCUGCUCAAUCUCCCGCGCCAUGGCUACCAAACCCUCCCAUCCUCCCUCUAUCUAUCCCCUUUAAUUCUCCGCCUCACAUUUCUCGCUCCCUCUCUCCCUCCUCUGCUUCUCUCUAUCUUUCUCUCUCAGUCCGUCUUUCUCUACCGUAUCAGUAUGCACCGCCAGUCCCAUCUUUCCCCGUCCGGCGCGGCCUCUCCCAUCCCGUUCUUGGACUUCAGGAACUCUAAGAAGAACCGCGGUAGCUAUAAUUGCGGCAGAUGUGGCCUUCCGAAGAAAGGCCACACAUGCCACAUCGGUACCCCGUCGAACUCCACCACAAUCACAACGGCUACGCCAGCUGACUCCUCCGCCGCUAUAACAUCCUCCGCUUCUUCAGUCCGGCCGCCGCAAGCUCUCCAGCGCCACACAAACUCCAACCUCCGGAGGCGGGCGCUGUCCUUCGACGAUAUCGAUUUCCAGUGUGAGUCCCCGACGACGGACAUUGAUGAGUUCGCGAUCUCGAUCCAGGAAACCGAUCCGGAUCUGUCGAGAUUGGGGGGAUUACCGAUGAACUGCCUUUGGGAAGUUCUGAGGAGGCUUCCUCCGGCGGAUCUGUCUUCGGCGGCGAAGGUUUGCACGGGGUGGAGGGAGACGGUGAGGAAGCUGUGGAGAGCGGCUGAGGAACUCAAGCUUAGGGUUCCUGCUCGAGCUCAGCUCGGGUUUUCUGGAUUGGUCUUGCAGAAGUGUCCAAACCUUGUUAGGCUCACACUUAGAAUGGAAAGUGAUGUGGAUGCUACAAUGUUGGCUUGCAUUGCAUUUUCUUGCCCGAAUUUGGAGUUUAUGGAGAUCUCUACUUCUCAUAAUUCGGUCAACCGGAUCACUGGAGAUGAACUAGGGCGUUUCGUUGUUGAUAAACGAUGUCUUGCAAGCCUUAAGAUGGAAGGGUGUACAAACUUAGGGGGUUUUGCCCUCUGUUCAUCUAGUCUUUCUACACUUUGGCUCGCGGACCUUCAUUCUCUCGCUAAGAUGGUUUUUAACUGCCCCAAUUUGAAGGAGAUUUCUCUAGAUUUUUCUCGCCAAGAAAAUGAUAGUACUGAUCUUAUUACAAUGGUUGAUGGUUUGGGAAGGACAUGCCCAAGAUUGCAAAACAUACACAUUGCAUCAGAUCGUCUUUCUCAUGCCGCUGUGCUUGCUCUUACAGCUGCAAACCUAAGGGGGUUGCGAAUGCUUUCACUUAUUCUUGGAUCUGAAAUCACAGAUGCAUCUGUUGCUGCCAUUGCUUCAAGCUAUUCGAAAUUGGAAUUGCUUGAUCUGAGUGGGUCAAGUGUCAGCGACAGUGGUAUUGGGAUGAUAUGCAAUGUGUUCCCUGCAACAUUGUCAAGACUACUAAUUGCUCUUUGUCCAAACAUCACAUCAAGUGGCGUUCAGUUUGCUACUGCUCAAUUGCCCCUUCUUGAAAUCAUGGACUGUGGAAUGACUAUAUCGGAUCCAAAUUCUCAGUAUUCUUCAACUGAAGAAAGCAAUGAGUCUGAGUUGCAGUUAUCAUUUAACAAGAAGCUACAUCUUAUGUACCAGAAGCUCAUCAUCAAACAUGGCCGGUUAAAAAAGCUCAGCUUAUGGGGUUGUUCUGGCUUAGACGCUCUAUAUUUGAACUGCCCAGAACUCAAUGAUCUGAAUCUAAACUCCUGUACUAAUUUGCAUCCUGAUAGAUUGCUCCUACAGUGCCCCAGUUUAGAGAGUGUGCAUGCAUCAGGGUGUCAAGAUUCCUUGAUUCUUACCAUUCGUAGCCAGGUCAGAAAUAGUUUUGACUUGGAAAACCAGUUUCCACGUAAACGUCUCGCUGAUGGUUCAAAGAGGGUUCAAGUUCCACAUUUUCUUUUUCAGCAGACUUUUGAUGAAAAUAAGAAGCGAAGAAAGAUGGAGACUCGUCACUGUAAUGUGCUUGUGGACUGAUCAAAUGACGCCAUUCUUACCUGUAUCUUUUCGUGUAAGUUCCCAUAGGCUGUGUACCUUGUGGAUCCAAAAUACUUGUAAUUGCCAAGAGGGUGGUAGAAUUGCCUUUACCUCAGCAGCAUCAGCCAACUGUUGUUCAAGCACAAGAGAAAGCAGAAAGAUGUCAAAUGUUGUUUUAGUUCAUUGCAUAAGCAAUACUAUGAUAUAAACUAUGGACUUUGAAGUCCCGAUUAACUAUUCUUUUCUUGAAUAAAAGGUUCAUGUCUUGUGCAAUUUCUUCCAA